CAUAUACUCGCCCUCCUCUCUCUCAGUGUGUUCCUCAGGAGAAAGCAGCCAGUGUGUGCAUAUAGCUGGGACAGCAGAGAGGCAGCAGCAACCAUCAGCAGCAGCCGUGGGUCGGAGGUACGAGGAAGGAAUUCGGUUAGGAGAAAGCUGCAGCUCAACUCUCCUCACUCCCAACUUCCCGAACUCCAAAAGUUACUUUCGCUCCCAUCAUAAAUCCCAAGUUUUGUAUAAAACAUUCGGAGAAAGUCUGUCUCGCUAGUUCCUCCUCCACUUCCACACAACCAGGAGUGAGCACAAUUACCCACCAGCCACCCAGGCUAUGGACGGAAGGAAGAAAAAAAGGAGAGCUGUGGUCAUCAUCCCUUCAACUACUAGACGACGACCACUGUCAACCUCCUUGUCCUCUUAAUUCACUAUCAGGGAGAGGCCACUUUCACCGCCACGAGUAGUCCCCCCCAUCAUCAGCCUUCUGCAACGGCUGAUCCGUGAGGCUCCGUUCCCUGUUCCCUAGCCCUGCACCAGCACCGCAACCUCCCCUUGGUUUUCCUAUAUGCAGUUUUAAUAGCUCAAGUUAUUUGUGGACAUGCUGAAAAAAGUGGCCUGCACAGUGAUUGCUGCCUCACUAUUAUUGUCAUCGUCGUCAUUGUUUGAACAAAGUGGUUUCCUCUUUUUUGGAAUCAUUUCAUUGUUCCACCAUCGGCGUCUUGAAUGACAAGGAAGGUUGAAACUCAGAGCUACGGAGGCCGAGGGUGGCAAGAACGAUGUGGUGGGGUGGACAGACCGGUCAGUGGGUGUGCUUGUCAGCAUCAUCAUCAUCUUCUUCCUCAUUGCUAUAAGAAUGGUACCACCAACGACCCUAGUUUUUAUAUUUUUAUGAGCUGGAGUAACGACGAUGAUGAGAUUGAGAACCUCUCGGCUGUUCUUCGAGUGUCCAUGUUUGUGUUGGUCCUCAGUUUGUGUUUAGCAGCCUCUGAGUGCGUUCUUAAGAUAGAGAAUGGACCCUGAGGACGGUUUUAAUCGAUUCAGGUAUAGGACUCGGGUACAAGCUGUUGCGGUAAUCGAUAUUCUCGUCGGAACCAUUCCCUUUAUCAACUUAGCGUUUGAUUUCAACAACAAAAAUCUGGCUGACCUAUAUCCGGAAAGAGAAAUGCUUGUACUAUUUUGGAGCGUAUUGCUGUGCGUCUAUGUUCUUCAGUUGGUCAUGGGCAUAUGGCUCCUAGCAGCGACGAGAGAGACCUAUUCGGAGUAUACGAUAGGCAAUUGUCAGGUAUGGUUCUACGUGGCCUGGUUCAGCUUGGUCUUCUACUCAGGAGAAAUGGCGUACGACAUCUCGUCAAUUGUCAACGGUACGCCCAAUAGCCGGAGCAUCAAGCAAGUGUUUGUCACCAUGUCCUACCACGCCGCAAAAAUCAUCUACAGAGCUACCACGUUGAUGAUAGUUAACAAUUUUCUUUACGAUAUAUGCCGUCCAGUUUGUAGAUAUUUAUCUCAGGGAAGCUAUCAAUACAAAUACUAUUAUCACACACGUCUUGGCCUCCCACUCCCCUCUCGGAGGGCAUCCGUGGCAGUGCCCAGCUCGUAUCCUUAUCCAGUUCAAGCCAACAAUCCCACGUAUUCGGUCUACUCCACAUACCCGCAGCCACACAGCAAAAUGAUGGCCAACAACAACAAUUCCCAUCACCCACCCCCACCACCCAGACCUCCGAGGCAUCCUUCGGCCCCACAACAACGACGAUGGCCACGAAACGCCCGGUCGAAUGUUACAUUUCAACACACUGACGGAAUGGCUGUGAGACUCCAAUGACAUCCGGAUCCGGCAUUUAACGUCUUUGAGUGGCUCGUGUAACCUUUGUAGGCCUCUAGGUUUUGUAGGUGUACAUACAAACAUAUUUACAUAUGUAUUGAGUGUAUACACCUGAUGACGACAACAGAUAUGGACAAUCCAGAAAUUACCUCACAUCACACACUUAUUUUCAUAGAUUACCAUAGACUAUCAGAAAUAUAUAGACGAUAAUAAUAUCUGAAAAGUGUGAAAAAACAGUUGGGACGUUCUGGAAAUAUAUGUAGAAAUGUAUAUGUGAAGCAAUAACGCCGGGGCCAGUGCCCUCCCUGCCAAGACGUGAUAAGUGAUGAUCAGAUCUCCCCUCAGAGUUUUCGUGGUUGUUAAUUGGUAAAGAAAGUGCCAAGAGCAGACCAGUGGAAAAAGUCCCCGAAGAACAUUACCCAUUAAUUGAGAAGCAAUUCGUAAGACUUUCAUCCACAAUAAAGGUAACUAAAUAGGUAUUUCUUAACCAACGGAUACGUCACAUGUCCGUCUAUUACUGAAAUAAGAAGACAAUAUAUACAGACAUGCCCACAUGUCGUGCAUGCAAAAAUCCAAGACAAAUAACCCGUGCGGUUCACGCACUCAAUGAAACAAUACUUCUCUUAUCAUCUUACCAAAUCAUGAGCUAAACCACAAUUGGUUACAUAUUUCGUAACGCAUCAUGUCAUGGUUUAUGACAACAUAACUUUUUUUACAUAACCACUCCAUGUGCUACGAGCAUCUGAAAUAACUGCCACUGUUCUCAAUUUUUAAUGCUCAGGUUUAAACGAUUUGAUUUAAUUCGGAGGAAAUAAAUGUGCAAUGACGGAUGCUAAUAUUCAUGUGCCAAUCCUGAUAAUAAAAGUUAUUAUUAUAACUCAACAUGUAUUUAUACAUUCACGGAUCACAAGAGAGUGAUUGCGAUCUAUAGGAUGUAUACGAUGAGUAGUCGCGUUAUACAUAUUUUCAGUGUCAAUUUAAAAAUUCUAUAAGUAAAAUGAUACAAGAUAUACAUUUUAUGCCAGAAAAUGUUAAUAUUUAGAUGUAGAGACUAUGGGCUAGCAAAUAGAUGUGAUACUAACAAACAUUCUUGCGUGUGUGCACAAUAGAAAGUGCAGACAUGUACUAACCGUUUGAGGUAUGCUUUCUCGGAAUAGCAAAUAGUAGCUCUGUUAUUAGAAUUUUAUACGUACCAAUGACACCAGCAGAGGUACAGAUUGUGACAAUUGACACAUGAAUGUAAUAAGAAAUCCAUGUGAUUGUGUGACUAUAAGGAAACCUACAAUGCUACAGCAAGCAAGACAAUAUUCAAACAAAAAUUUCUACAAUAAAUUAACACAAAAUAAAUUUAUAUAUAUAUAACUAAUUAUGUAGCUUACGAAUAAUUGCAACAAUGUUGAACAGAGAACCCCGUUCAGCAGAUUAUUUAUAAUAAAUACAAUACUAUUGAAAAACUCAA